AUGUGGGGUGAAAUCUCCGACUCUGACGAUGGAACGUCGUCAUCUUCCUCUAGUUGCAACGCUGACCCGGUGGUGAACGAGAGCGUCAUGAUGUCGCUUAGUGUACUUUGUGCAUUGUCUGCCGUCUUGAUGGUGACCUACAUGCUGCUGUAUUGGCUGCAGUACCGUGUUCCCGCCUCAUCGCGUAGAUCGACGAUUGUGCUGCCGUAUACAGUCCUCCGCGUCAUCACGAAUAUCGCACUGUGGAACAUUCUCCCGUGCUUGAUAAUCCCCUUCGCACUGUACGCUUUGCCAGAGCACAUUGUGCCAUUCGCAAGAGAGGCGGCGCGUCUCGUUAUUUCCAUUGUCCCAAUCCCAGCUGUUAUCGUUAUCAUUCAAAUUGGCGCUAUAAUACUGCUGUACAGCAGCACACGUGUUGUUCGCCAUAUAGGCGACUUGGUCAACCCGGUAUCGCCUGCCGACACGUCAGACUCACCACUGCGACGCACGCUGCACCUCGGCGUCUUCGCCCAUGGCGCGCUUUUCAUUGACGCCCUACAGAAGAAGCAGCGCGGUGAACUCGGCGCAGAUAUGGUGCUGGCGGUGGACAUGAGCGUUGGGGGGAAGAUGCGCCGUCUGCUCCUCCACAACAUCGUUGCUGAGACGCACUGCACCCGCGAGGAGGCUGUGCGUCUUGUGACAAGCGUCUCGCUAAGCCGUCACGAGCACUUCUGUUUGCCCUUUCCAUCUGGCUACUUUGAUCGCAUUGUGUUGGAGCCUUUUAUGCGGCACAACCGUCCCAUUAACAACCUCAUCACAACGGAAAAACGAAUGGCGCGGCGUAUGUCGGCGGUGCUCUCAGAGGCACGUCGUGUGUUAGCUGUUGGCGGCGUCCUUGACGCCUUUGACACUGAGGACUCGUCGCUGUUCGUGCAGGCAGACUUCCGUGAUGCGGGAUUCGUGUCGGCGAGCCGAACAGACACCGGUAGGCGACUGGCGGUGGGCCCUGUGCGUCUGAGUUCCAAGUGCUACGUAGUUUCAGCCACCAAGCAGGUGGAUUUAAUCGAUGCUGGUGAUCGAGGUAGAGGGCAGUUUCCAGUCUUGGAGGAGCCUGCUUCCUCAGCGAAGAGCGAUGCAUGUGAAGCCGCACUGCCUUUGCUUGAUGACGUCUACAAGGAAGGAUCCACCGUACCUCCUCCCAAAGGCUUUCGACUCCUGGGCCGAUACACGAUACUCGUUGCAAUUCAAUUGUUGAUUGCUUUAGCGGUGCUGGUGUCCGCGUUGGCGCUGUUCCCUCACCUGCGGUACCCGCGCAGCGUUCCGGAUGACGAAAAGUUCAUGAUGGUUGGGCUCUCUUGGGCUGUGCAGUAUAUCAGCUUGGCGGUGGUGCAUCGGGAGGCACACUGGCACUCCCGUUUGCUGUACCCCACGGUUGGACAGCUGCUGCGCUCCCUGAUGCCAGUUGAGGUCGCCAUUGCUAUUUGGACUUUGCUUGCUUCCAUGUGUAUCAUUCUCCCGAGGACAUUAUUGAUGUAUCUCUUUAACCGUUUAGGAGUGGAAGUGCCCCCUUCUGUUGUCACUGUUCUCUUUUUUGUAGUAGUGUCAGCACUCCUAAUACUUCUGUUUAGGGCUCUUGCUCGCUGGGCGAGGUCUCGCGCCCUGGCUGUGCGUCGUAUCGAGCUACAAUGA